UCUAAAAUCUGUCUGUUUGUAGCAAUCAAAUUACCAAUUAAAUGCCUUUCACUUGUGUAUAAAAAUGGAUAAACAGAAAACGUUAAUAUGUGGAGAUGUAAAUGGGAAUUUCAAUGCUUUGUUUACGCGCGUAGAAUCGAUUGUGAAGAAAUCUGGACAGUUUGAUUUGCUUUUAUGUGUUGGAACAUUCUUUGGAGAUGAUAAUUCACAACUGGAUGCAUAUAAAAUGGGAACGAGGAAAGUUCCAGUUACAACCUAUGUUUUUGGUCCAUCAAAUCCAGACCAUGCACAUCAUUACUGUGAAGAAGGAUCUGAGAUAGUACCUAAUGUUAUUUAUAUGGGCCGAAGAGGUCUUUUCAACACAAGUACCGAUGUGAAAAUCGCAUACUUGACAGGUUUAUCAAGGCGAGAGCUUGGUAAAGACAUUCCUAUGUGUACCUAUGAGCCCAGUGACUGUAGUGCUGUCAGAGAUGCAUGUUUCAGAGGACAGAGUGAAUUUAGAGGAGUAGAUGUAUUGAUAACAACAUUAUGGCCAUCGGGUAUACAACAGGAUGAAUGUCAGAAGGUAGAUGUUGAGCAAGAUCGACUUUCAGAUUUACUAUCAUGGCUUGCAAUACAUAUAAAACCAAGAUAUCAUUUUGUGCCAUCAAAAGACAAGUUCUUUGAACGGCAACCAUAUAGAAAUCAGAGUAUGCAUCAAGACUACAGAGAAUGCGCAACACGUUUUAUUGCAUUAGCUCCUGUCGGCAAUAAUCUUAAAGAGAAAUGGAUAUAUGCCUGUUCUUUGCAACCCAUUUCUAAGAUGCGCAUGACUGACUUACUCCAAGCUACGACAGAUGAGACACCUUGUCCAUAUGACCCGGAGAUGUUGAAGCAACACCAACCAGGGAAAGUUGUAAAGUUCACUGGAAAUGGGCAGUUCUUCUUUGAUAUGAAUGCACCAGAUGACGACCAAGGAAAAAGGAAACGAGGAUCUGACAAACCGGAAAGUAAAAAGAGAAAUAUCGAACCAGAAGAAUGCUGGUUUUGUCUGUCUUCACCAAAGGUGGAGUCGCAUCUUGUUAUUUGUGUUGGCACCUUGUGCUACUUGGCGCUAGCAAAGGGUCCACUAACGCCAUACCAUGUAUUGAUACUACCGAUACAACAUCAUCAGUCAACCACAAGGGCUCCGGAUGAUGUAAUAAAAGAGAUAACUAAGUUCAAAGACACUUUAAAGAAGUUUUAUGCGACAAUGAACAUGGGUGUUGUUUUCUUUGAGAGAAAUUAUAGGACUUCGCACAUGCAGAUACAAUGCGUGCCUGUGCCGAGGGCCUCUGAGUUACAGAUCUUAGAAGUUUUUCAGGAUGAAGCGGGCAUCGCGAGCAUACAAAUGGAAGUAUUGCCUCCUUAUUCGGAAAUCAGACAGGUGACAUUACCGGGAGCCCCUUAUUUUCAUGCGGAAUUGCCCUCUGGAGAACAAAUUUAUGCUAAAACCAAACAACAUUUCCCAUUGCAAUUUGGAAGAGAUGUGCUAUCAAGUCCGCCGAUAUUAAACUGUGAAGAUAAAGCGGACUGGCGGCAGUGUCAGCUCACAAAAGAAGAAGAAGAGAAACACGUGGCCAACUUCAGAGCGAAGUUCAAGCCUUUUGAUUUCACUAUCGAAGAUGAUAGCGAUAGCGAUUAAUUUGGUGUAUAGUGAAACACAUGAUAAAUCGUCUCAACAACGUCACACGUUGACAGAAACAUUAAAAACUAUCUGUACCAGUCCGCUUUGCUGGGCGUUUAAAAUUAACAUUAUUAUUUCUCACCUCCACAAAGAUUCUCAUCAUUAACGCCCCCGCAAUUGGUGUAGGGAGUCCAACAC